CGGUUCAAGGUUUGCAAUUGCAGCCCGUUUUAAGUUCCGGUGCGGAAAGGGGGAAGCCCUCCCUCUCUCUCCCUCUCUCUGGCGAAUACAAUGCCUGGAAGUGGAAGCCCAUCGGCUUCACUUCUUAUCCUCCACCAUCCCCGCUUCACCAUCACCGCCCUUUUUCUCAGACCACUCGCCUCCUCUCCCGCCGCUCACCCACGCCACAACCAUUUCUCUCUCUUCUCUCCUUCACGGAAAUCCUAUGUUCCUUUCAGUCGCUCCUUCGGCCUCACUGCCGUUGCCUCCCGUCGGCAGUCCACUGCCGCCGCCUUUUCAAGUAGUUUUAGAUGCCACUCUUCUUCUCCUUCGCCUUCUUCUUCUCUAUCCGCGGCGGCAUCAGCGGAGUCGCUUCCUCUGGAUGAAAAUAAUGGGGGCGGGCCUUCUGGCCGUUCCGGAGCAUUGCUUCCUUCAACGGUGGCACCGGACGCUGCGCAGAAGGAGAGAAUCGACGUGAAUCCUCCGAAAGGAACCCGAGAUUUUCCGCCAGAGGAGAUGCGCAUUCGAAAUUGGCUUUUUCGCAAUUUCAGAGAGGUCUCGCAAUUGUUUGGUUUUGAAGAGAUUGAUUUUCCGGUUCUGGAGUCCGAGGCUUUGUUUAUUAGAAAAGCUGGCGAGGAGAUAAGGGAACAGCUUUAUUGUUUUGAGGAUCGCGGGAACCGUCGAGUUGCAUUGAGGCCUGAACUCACGCCUUCCUUGGCAAGGCUUGUUAUACAGAAAGGAAAAUCUGUAUCCUUGCCAUUGAAAUGGUUUGCCAUUGGUCAAUGCUGGCGUUAUGAGAGAAUGACUAGGGGACGGCGUCGAGAGCACUAUCAAUGGAAUAUGGAUGUUAUUGGUGUGACUGAUGUUACAGCUGAAGCUGAGCUUAUUUCUUCUAUUGUCACCUUUUUCAAGAGAAUUGGGAUCACGUCAUCAGAUGUUGGGUUUAAGGUUUCCAGUCGAAAGGUUUUACAAGAAGUGUUGAGGUGUUACUCCAUACCAGAUAAUCUAUUCAGCAAAGUUUGUGUCAUUAUAGAUAAGAUUGAAAAAAUCCCUGUUGAUGAGAUUAAGAAAGAGUUGAAGUCUGCUCAAUUGUCAGAGGCUGCCAUUGAAGGGCUUUUGCAAGUUCUUUCUUUGAAAUCUUUGACGUUGUUGGAAGAGAAAUUAGGAACUGCAGGGGAAGCAGUUGCUGAUCUGAAAAAACUUUUCCUUCUUGCGGAACAAUUCGGCUUUUCUGAAUGGAUUCAAUUUGAUGCAUCAGUAGUUCGAGGCCUGGCAUAUUACACUGGGAUUGUAUUUGAGGGAUUUGAUAGGGAAGGGAAACUUCGAGCUAUUUGUGGUGGUGGAAGAUAUGACCAUUUACUCUCUACUUAUGGAGGUGAUGACAUACCAGCUUGUGGCUUUGGAUUUGGUGAUGCUGUCAUAAUAGAACUGCUCAAGGACAAGGGUCUUCUACCUGCACUUAGUCACCGCGUAGAGAACAUUGUCUGCUCGCUGGAUCAGGAUCUUCAAAGUGCAGCUGCUGCUGUAGCUACUAUACUCAGGGAAAAAGGCCAAAGCGUUGAUUUGGUUUUGGAGAAUAAACCACUUAAGUGGGUGUUCAAACGGGCAGCUCGAAUAAAUGCAAAUAGACUGAUACUGGUAGGCAGUUCCGAGUGGCAAAAGGGAAUGGUUUCUGUAAAAAUUCUUUCUUCUGGAGAACAGUAUGAGGUCAAACUGAAUGAGCUGGAGUGAUAGGGCACUGGCCAUUUGGGACAAUUAGCUUCUGAUUAUUAUGCCAUUAUUAGGUUGUGAAAAUCUUAUUUAUUACCCUCAACCUCAUGUAUUACUUUUUGUAGUGACCUAGUAAACAACUUGGACUUUGUGGGACAAAUCUUAAAUUAUUGUAUUGGGUUUGAUGUAUUAUUGAUCAAGCUGUGCUUUGGUUGGUUCAAGGAAAUUCUAUACGUUUUAGCGGGCGUUUGAGCUGACAGGUCUCUGAA